AUGGCUUUCAACAAAUUCACUUUCAUAAUUUUAGUAAUUUCUCUUCUUUCCUACUCAACAUUCACUAAUGCUAAUAAUUGUCCACCAACACCUUCACCAACUGCUUCUCCACCAUCAUCCCAAAAUUCCUGCCCCAAGGACGCCUUAAAGUUAGGGGUUUGUGCCGACCUUUUAGGGUUGGUUAAUAUUGUUAUUGGAGACCCUCCUUCGGGUAGUAGUUGUUGCGCAUUGAUCAAAGGUUUGGCUGAUUUGGAGGCCGCACUAUGUCUUUGUAGUGCACUUAAGGCCAAUGUGCUUGGAAUCAACCUGAAUGUACCUAUCUCGCUUAGUUUAAUCCUUAGUGCUUGUCAGAAAACCGUUCCUUCUGGUUUUCAAUGUGUCUAA